GGGAGGCCCCCCGCGAAGGAAGCCCCGCCCGACCCGCGGCCGCCGCCCCGCCCAGGCCCGCAGCGCGGCGCUGCAGCGCGAGGGGCGGAGAGGCAGAGCACGGAGAGAGGACCAGACGCCCAGGUCGCCCGCAUCCCCGUGCCGCAGGAGCGAGCAAGCGCGUCCCGGCCCCGCUCUCCAGCCCUCGCCCGGGCGCCCCACCUGCUUUCUCGGCUCCAGAGACCGAGCACCUGUCCUCCGCCUCGGCCCCGGCUGAGCACCCCUCCUCCGGAGCGCACACCCGCCCCUGCAGCACGAGAAGUGCCCAGCCCGUCGCCGGCGACCACCAUGGCGGAGACCAACAACGAGUGUAGCAUCAAGGUGCUCUGCCGAUUUCGGCCCCUGAACCAGGCCGAGAUUCUGCGGGGAGACAAGUUCAUCCCCAUUUUCCAAGGGGACGACAGCGUCGUUAUUGGGGGGAAGCCAUAUGUCUUUGACCGUGUGUUCCCCCCAAACACGACUCAGGAGCAAGUUUAUCAUGCAUGUGCCAUGCAGAUUGUCAAAGAUGUCCUUGCUGGCUACAAUGGCACCAUUUUUGCUUAUGGACAGACAUCCUCAGGGAAAACACAUACCAUGGAGGGAAAGCUUCAUGACCCCCAGCUGAUGGGAAUCAUUCCUCGAAUUGCCCGAGACAUCUUCAACCACAUCUACUCCAUGGAUGAGAACCUUGAGUUCCACAUCAAGGUUUCUUACUUUGAGAUUUACCUGGACAAAAUUCGCGACCUUCUGGAUGUGACCAAGACAAAUCUGUCUGUGCAUGAGGACAAGAAUCGGGUGCCAUUUGUCAAGGGUUGUACCGAACGCUUUGUGUCCAGUCCCGAGGAGAUUUUAGAUGUGAUUGAUGAGGGGAAAUCAAAUCGUCAUGUGGCUGUCACCAACAUGAACGAGCACAGCUCUCGGAGCCACAGCAUCUUCCUCAUCAACAUCAAGCAGGAGAACAUGGAGACGGAGCAGAAGCUCAGUGGGAAGCUGUAUCUUGUGGACCUGGCGGGGAGUGAGAAGGUCAGCAAGACCGGAGCAGAGGGGGCUGUGCUUGAUGAGGCAAAGAACAUCAACAAGUCACUGUCAGCCCUUGGGAACGUGAUCUCUGCGCUGGCUGAAGGCACGAAAAGCUAUGUCCCGUAUCGCGACAGCAAAAUGACACGAAUUCUCCAGGACUCUCUGGGAGGAAACUGCCGGACGACUAUGUUCAUCUGCUGCUCACCGUCCAGCUACAAUGACGCAGAGACCAAGUCCACCCUGAUGUUCGGGCAGCGGGCAAAGACCAUUAAGAACACUGCCUCGGUGAAUCUGGAGCUGACUGCUGAGCAGUGGAAGAAGAAAUAUGAGAAGGAGAAGGAGAAGACAAAGGCUCAGAAGGAGACAAUUGCCAAGCUAGAGGCUGAGCUCAGCCGGUGGCGCAAUGGAGAGAAUGUGCCUGAGACGGAGCGCCUGGCUGGGGACGAUGCGGCCCUGGGAACUGAGCUCUGUGAGGAGACGCCUGUGAAUGACAACUCUUCCAUUGUGGUGCGCAUCGCCCCUGAGGAGCGGCAGAAAUAUGAGGAGGAGAUCCGCCGCCUCUAUAAGCAGCUUGAUGACAAGGAUGAUGAGAUCAACCAGCAGAGUCAGCUCAUAGAGAAGCUUAAGCAGCAGAUGCUGGACCAGGAAGAGCUGCUGGUGUCCACUCGGGGAGACAAUGAGAAGGUCCAGCGGGAGCUGAGCCACCUGCAGUCGGAGAAUGAUGCUGCUAAGGAGGAGGUGAAGGAGGUGCUGCAGGCCCUGGAGGAGCUGGCCGUGAACUAUGACCAGAAGUCCCAGGAGGUGGAGGAGAAGAGCCAGCAGAACCAGCUGCUGGUGGAUGAGCUGUCUCAGAAGGUGGCCACCAUGCUGGCUCUGGAGUCUGAGUUGCAGCGGCUACAAGAGGUCAGUGGACACCAGCGGAAACGAAUUGCAGAGGUGCUGAACGGGCUGAUGAAGGACCUGAGUGAGUUCAGUGUCAUCGUCGGCAACGGGGAGAUUAAGCUGCCAGUGGAGAUCAGCGGAGCCAUCGAGGAGGAGUUCACAGUGGCCCGACUCUACAUCAGCAAAAUCAAGUCGGAAGUCAAGUCAGUGGUCAAGCGCUGCCGGCAGCUGGAGAACCUGCAGGUCGAAUGUCACCGCAAGAUGGAGGUGACUGGGCGGGAACUCUCAUCCUGCCAGCUCCUCAUCUCCCAGCACGAGGCCAAGAUCCGCUCACUUACAGAAUAUAUGCAGAGUGUGGAGCUAAAGAAGCGGCACCUGGAAGAGUCCUAUGACUCCCUGAGCGAUGAGCUGGCCAAGCUCCAGGCCCAGGAAACUGUGCAUGAAGUGGCCCUAAAGGACAAGGAGCCGGACACCCAGGAUGCAGAUGAUGUGAAGAAGGCCCUGGAGGUGCAGCUGGAGAGUCACCGGGAGGCCCAUCACCGGCAGCUGGCCCGGCUCCGGGACGAGAUCAACGAGAAGCAGAAGACCAUUGAUGAGCUCAAAGACCUGAAUCAGAAGCUGCAGUUAGAGCUAGAGAAGCUCCAGGCCGACUACGAGAAGCUGAAGAAUGAAGAACACGAGAAGAGCAGCAAGCUCCAGGAGCUGACAUUUCUGUAUGAGCGACAUGAACAGUCCAAGCAGGACCUCAAGGGUCUGGAGGAGACAGUUGCCCGGGAACUCCAGACCCUCCACAACCUUCGCAAGCUGUUCGUUCAAGACGUCACGACUCGAGUCAAGAAAAGUGCAGAAAUGGAGCCCGAGGACAGUGGGGGGAUUCACUCCCAAAAGCAGAAGAUUUCCUUUCUUGAGAACAACCUGGAACAGCUUACAAAGGUUCACAAACAGCUGGUACGUGACAAUGCAGAUCUGCGUUGUGAGCUUCCUAAAUUGGAAAAACGACUUAGGGCUACGGCUGAGAGAGUUAAGGCCCUGGAGGGUGCACUGAAGGAGGCCAAGGAGGGCGCCAUGAAGGACAAGCGCCGGUACCAGCAGGAGGUGGAUCGCAUCAAGGAGGCCGUCCGAUACAAGAGCUCCGGCAAGCGGGGCCACUCUGCUCAGAUCGCCAAACCCGUCCGGCCCGGCCACUACCCAGCGUCUUCACCCACCAACCCCUGUGGCACCCGGAGCCCUGAGUGCAUCAGUUACACCAACAGCCUCUUCCAGAACUACCAGAAUCUGUACCUGCAGGCUGCGCCCAGCUCCACCUCGGACAUGUACUUUGCAAACUCCUGUACCAGCAGUGCGGCCCCAUCUUCUGGCGGGCCCCUGGCUUCCUACCAGAAGGCCAACAUGGACAACGGAAAUGCCACAGAUAUCAAUGACAACAGGAGUGACCUGCCAUGCGGCUAUGAGGCUGAGGAGCAGGCCAAGCUUUUCCCUCUCCACCAAGAGACGGCAGCCAGCUAAUCUCCCUCAUGGACUGCCGCAAACCUGCACUUUCAGUUUCUAAGAGGGACUGAGGCCUCUCCUCUCAGCAUGCUGCAAACCUGUGGUCUGUGACACUAACAACUCCCUCCCAACCCUCGUUGUUCAACUGUACUGUUUGAUGUCUUCUCUUACUCUGUAUCCCUUUGUACUCUAUAUCUAUAUAUCAAAAGCUGCUGCUAUGUCUCUCUCUUCUCUCUGUCGUACUCUCUAAGUAUCUAAUGAUGUAUUUAGCAAUUUCUAAGCAUAGUAUACUCUCCUCAUUUGGGGCAAUAGGGAGGAGGGUGAAUGUUUCUUUUUUCAAACAUGCGUCUCUCACACUGAGUGGUGUUAGUCAUGGAGAUGAUAAAAGGAAAAAUGGGAGCUAGAGGGCUGUGAUCCUUCACACGCAUGCACACACACACAUGCACACGCACACACACGCACACAAAGCCUUAAGCAGAAGAAUGUCUUAGCAUCAUAAGAAGAUACAGAAAUAGACUCCUCCCCCCUCCUCUUUCACAGACAGCACAGAGGAGGGUAACAUGGAAGAACUGCUAAAUUACGCAUAGAAUUUUCUUCAUAUAUCCCUUAACUGAACCGAGGGAGUGUGGGUGUGCAACUCCACCCUCCAAAGUCUACCUUUUGCCUUCCUCUUCCUGUGCCCUGAUCCCCCACCCCAAUGACCAAGGACAUGGAUUAUUCCAGGGACCAUAUCCAUUUUUCCUCAAAACUCCUUUUGAUAGUCUCUGCCCCAGAACUCGUGAACAAAACCUAGAGUUGCUUUAAAAUAUUUUGAAAAUUUGAGGAGGCAGACCCUUCCCAACGGUCUGUCAAUGGCUGCUCAUCUAUCAGGUGAUAGUUGUAGGCAAGUGUAGUCAACUGAUUGUUUCUUUGGGUUCGGGGAUGAACAGGCUGGGAAAUUCCAAGUAUUUUUGCCACAGCGAUGAGCUGGAUUCCUUUUUCUGUCCCAUAUUGGGCUGCAUGUUCUUCCCAUCUCCACCUUUUGGUUUGGGACCUUCCAGUUCAUUGGCAAAAUAUCUAUCUCAAGAUGUCUUCCUUUCAGGCUGGAGCCUGACUUUUCCCCAUGAUGCAUAAAAAACAAAUUUUAUUUGACAGAAUUCCUUUGAUAAUGUCUCCAUCUGGUUUUAAGUGCACUUUAAAGAAAGGAGCAGAGCAGAGUUCCCAGACUGGGGGAGGGUGGUGAGAGGAGAGCUCUCUCCCGCCGCUCUCACUCUCACUGCCCCAUGUAAUUGAUAGGACUGUUACUUUGGUUUCAGACAUCCUUUCCUUCCACAUGGUGCUAAGGUGGUUUUCUAGGUAACUACAGGGAUGGAGCGUGGAGGCCAAAAUCAAGAAAGUCCAAGUCAAGAAAGUCUGGCGUCCCCAUACCCAGUCUUACAUAGGAUGGAAGAACAGCAUCCCCCAGCAGCAGGGCAACCAUCACCUAGCUUCGAAGGCAGGAAAGAAAGCUCGGGAUGAGUGCUAGCUUAUAAAUACAGGCUGUAUUGGCCUGGGACUCCUUCAAGGGAAAAAGUUCCUUCUUCCUUUACCUGUUGGGCCCCUCCUAGCAAUUACGGAAAAAUGCAGGGAAAAAAAUCGACCAGAAGGGUGUAGAGUAAAUCCAAGGCAGCGAUAUUCAAACCUUUUUAAAAGUAAAUCGUAUAUAGAAUCCUGAUAGAAAAAUAUAACCCAAAGUGACGCAGACCUGAGCAGUUUACAUUUUCUUUAUUUGCUGGAAAAAUGCUUCAUUAGUGGAGGAGCUCUUGAAUGGUCCUAAGAGUUCAGAACCCGAGGGCUCUGUACAGUAGUUUGCAAACCACAGCUCUGAGGGAAAGGGGUUCAGCCUGGCUCCCCUGCCCCAAACCCCUAAUCAGAGCAGAGAGGGAAAGGCCCAAUGGGAGAAGAAGGAAGACGCCUGUGCACCUGUAGACUUGAGCUAAGAUUUGCCAGCAGGGCUCCUGAGAAGCCAGUGGGCUUUAGGUAAUCUUGCCACCAAAUGAUUCUUUUAAAACACAUAAGAGAGCGUGAAGGUGUCAGGCAGAUGAGGAGAGAGAUGUAAGGGGAAUCUAAUUCACUUACAUAAAUAAGAACACACACACAAGGCCUUCACCAGAAACUUCACUCUACAUCCCCCCCACCCCAGCAUCCCUUUCCAGAGAGCCAGGGUCACUCCCAGGGGCACCUGGUCUGCCCACUCACAUCUGCCAAAAUGUUGCAUGCCAGCGUGGAAGACAAACCAAACCGCACAAACCCCAGUGUGUAUUUACUUGAUGUACAUAGAUACCUUGAAAAUAAAAUAAAUGCAAUGAUGA